AUGACAUCCCUGGUGAUCUUUGACUUCGACGGCACCCUUUUUGACACCCACGAAUCCAUCGCUCAAACAAUCAGGCUCACUUUUCAUGCCCUGCUACCAGCCCACACCCCACCACAAAAUGAGAUCUACAGCCUGAUUGCCAGUGGGUCUGGAUUGACAGAGACAUUCAAGAAGCUUUACCCCUUUCCCGUGGAGUUUACUGCGACCGUCGAGAGUGAAUGGAUUGAACAAUACCGCACCCUCUACGCCAUUCACGGUCAACCACUCAUCAAAGCCUUCACUGGCGCAAAGGAUCUUCUGACAGAGAUCAAUUCUCUCGGGAUUUCCAUCGCCAUCGUCAGCAAUAAGGGCGUCGAGGCUGUAAAGACUGCCUUGAGACGCAAUGACUUGUAUGGCAUGGUGCCCGAGGAUCUCAUCAUCGGUGACAAAACCCCAGGUGCGAAGCGCAAGCCGGAUCCUUCCAGCUUCAGCAAUAUUUUGGCCCCCACUCUCCAGCAGAGAUCCGGUGGGCAGAUUAUGGCGAGCCAAGUGCUUGUUGUAGGUGACACGAUUGCGGAUAUCGAAUUUGCAAGGAAUAUUGGGAGCAAGGUUUGCUGGUGUCGCUAUGGGUAUGGGGAUCGAGAGGCUUGUCAGGCCCUGGAGCCGGACUUCGUGGUUGACGCGUUAGAGGAUGUGGUGGAGCAUUUGAAUGGUCAAGUCUGA